GAAGUAAGUUUUAGUGAUCCUCAAAACUUCAAACAAUAACUACAGCAGCAAAAGGCAAAUUUUCGUAGUCUUCUGCGCCAGCCUUCGUCGGGUGUGGACGUCCCUCUCUCGCCUGAGUAUCAGUGACAAAUUUCCCCCGUUCUCACUGGGACGUUUAUCCUCGUCUAAUUUGCCCGCCAGGCACUCUACAGGAGGGACACCUGUACAUCGGCUUACUUUUAGCCAGCUCCAUUUUUUCCACUCCGCGGAAAAUUCUUUAACGGUCUUUGGUGGGAAGCCGGUUACUGAACUCAGGUGGGAGUGUGAGCGUCUCUCUAUGCUGGGACUUAGCAAGGGCGUCCACCAGAUCUAAUUGGAAACUUCAAGUUUCUAUCUCUAUUUCCAAAGGAGCUUUUGUUCCUUUUCUUUCUUUUGCCUUGGGCAACAAAUCUUCAUCGUACCAUCGAGAAACCGGGCUCGAUACGGCUUAUGCUGUCAGUGGCCCUUAUAAACCCAACAACAACAACAACAAAGGGCAAAUUUUCGUCUACACAAACACAAAAUGGUUCGAAGCUACAAACGGAAAACUGAGAGGUCCUCUACCCCUGCUGACAUUAUGUUUAGGGCUGCUAAACGUGUUAAGUGUGAGCACAAGUCAAUCAGAGGAACUGCAAGGGAUUUUGCCAUACCAUUUCGAACACUAGCACGUUAUUGCAAGAAGAUAACUGAUGAACAACUGAAGGGUGAAGAUAAAGCAAUGCUUAGAGUAGGCUAUGCUGCACCCAGGCAAGUCCUAUCAGAUGACCAAGAAAAGGAACUUUCUACAUAUCUUAAACAAGCAGCAGAUAUCUAUUAUGGAUUAUCUGUGAAAGAGGUAAGAAAAUUAGCCUACCAGUUUGCUGAAAGUGCAAGUAAAACUAUUCCUCCAUCAUGGAAAAAACAUAAGAUGGCAGGUUCUGACUGGUUUUCUGGUUUCCUAAAAAGGAACAAAGACCUUUCCAUAAGGUCUCCAGAGACCACUAGCCUCUCAAGAGCUGCUGGGAUUUCACCCUUCAACAAAGACACAUUCCAGGGUUUUGAUUUUUUGGGUGCUUACUUGACUGACAGACCACAGGAAGAUCAACAAGAAACGCAAGUGUUUCAGCCUGCGAUAUAUUUAAGUGAUAACUCAGAUGGCAAUCACACACCACAGAGUCUGAUCGCAACAGUCCAGUCAAAAUCUUGUUCAGUUCAGAAUGUUUCUCAUCUUCAAGAUGAGAAUGAACCAAGACCCUCCACUUCUGGACUCUGUGGGAAGAAAGCCCCAACUCCCGAAGAACUGAGGCCAUUGCAUAAAGCUGGUCCCAGGAAGAGAAGUGGAAUGAACAGGAGGAAGCACUCCGCUGCCAUUUUGACUGAGACGCCAGUGAAAAAGACACUGGAAAAGAUAUCAAAAGAAGCAAAGAAGAAACAACCAAAGAAAUCAAAACGUGUUCAUGGUGAUAGGGAAAAUUCAGAUGAAGAGGACAGUCUCUGUUUGGUAUGUAUGGGUCCUUUUUCCAAAAGCAAAUCACGAAAAGUAUGGAUACAGUGUAGAAUGUGCAAGUUGUGGGCCCACGAAGCCUGCACUGAUAGAUUUGUUUUAUACAUGCCCCAACUGUGACUCAGAUGAUGAUUUAGAUUAAGUUCACCUCAGGUGUUAAGUAUUCUGUGCAAUUAUUAUCUGGAGGUGCAAUUAUUUUCAAUUGAAUGUAUAACACCUGGAGUUUACCUGGAGAGAGUUCUGGGGAUCAAUGCCCCCGCAGCCCGGUCUGUGAUCAGGCCUCAUGGUGGAUCAGAGCCUAAUCAACCAGGCUGUUACUGCUGGCUGCAUGCAAUCCAACGUACAAGCCACAGCCCGGCUGGUCAGGCACCGACUUUAGGUGCUUGUCCAGUGCCUGCUUGAAGACAGCCAUGGGUCUAUUGGUAAUCCCUCUUAUGUAUGCUGGGAGGCAGUUGAACAGUCUUGGGCCCCUGACACUUAUUGUGUUGUCUCUUAACAUGCUAGUGACACCCCUGCUUUUCAUUGGGGGGAUGUUGCAUCAUCUGCCGAGUCUUUUGCUUUCGUAGUGAGUGAUUUUCGUGUGCAAGUUCGGUACUAGUCCCUCAAGGAUUUUCCAUGUGUAUAUAAUCAUGUAUCUCUCCCGCCUGCAUUCCAGGGAGUACAGUUUUUUAUUUUAUUUUAUUAAAAAAGGUUUCUUUCUUUACUAAGAAAAGAUUUUUAAGUUUCUAUGGAACCGAAUUUUCUUGAAAUGAAACAUUAUGAAUAAUCAAUAUCUAAAUUUGCUGUUACAUAUUCCUAAUUUACGUACUAUUACUAUUUGCUGUGUCAACUUACCCCAUAGUGUGUGCCAACUUACCUUGUACAUGGGGCAUGUUGGCACAUGUGAAAUGUUUUUUUCUAAAGAAUGCUGUGCUUUUGUUUUGAAAGAAAAUUAUUUUUUUUAUUUCAUGAAAAUUAAGAGGAAGAUUUAUAUUUUUCACUGGAAGUAUAAAAUUACCAAAAUUGUUUAUUGGUUUUCUUUCAUCACCGAAAAUGUAAAAAGUGUGCCAAAUAGCCCUGGUCUCCCCUACACAUUAAAAUCAAUAAGUGUGUCUUAUUAGUCUUGAAGAUGCCAUAUUAAUAAUGAUAAUAAUAACACAAUAAUAAUCACUCUAAGGAGCAUUAAAUAUCGUAUAAAACGUUAAUAUGGACAUUUUGCUUAAUCUAAGUACACCCCACAGUAG